CUUGUGAUGUCGGUAUUGGCUGUCCGGCGAGAGCUAAGGAGCUGGACGUUUACGUGAUUACGGGAUGUUUAAGCAGCGGGCCGGGGCUGCGGGAUGUGUUAAGAAAGUCGGCAGUGUCCCGCGAGAAGCCGGACUGUCGGGCGAAUCCUCUUCAUACAAGAAGACUCCAAAAAGGUUGUCUAGAAGCAAACACUCCUCUCCAGCCUUCAGUUCUCCUUCCAAUGAUGUUGACCAACAACAUGAAAUCAUUUGGGAUCCAUAUUCUCCAACAGCAUUUAAAAUCGAAAAUGGAAGAAGAAAAAGACCAAAUGCAAACAAAUGUACUGUUGAAAUUUCCGAUAUUGUUAACAGGAUUGCUCCAAAGAAUGAAAAGCCGGCAGAUGCUGCUUAUCUUCAAAUGUGGAUUGGGGACGAUGCUAUCCCAUCAACACCUGUAGUUGCAAGAUCAAGGUCAAAAGCUAGUUUAAGGCCAAGAAGCUUGCAUACAGAAGAAGAACUCAUGAAGCUGGCCAGACAAUUUGACAGGAACUUGAUAGAAGCAAUACAGCCUCAAGAACAACGCGAUCUGUCUGCAGAUGAGAAAACUGUACCUUUAGGCACUGCUCAAAUCUAUGAAACCGAUACAUUUCUAGAAGAUAUCCCUGAAGAAGAUGUAGAGCUUGCACUAAAAUCUGUCAGUCAGAGUUCAGGAAUAAGCACGUCAUCACAUGGCCAGAAGGCUGUGGAUCAAGAUGCAGAAGCAGCCCUCAAUGCACUUUUUGACUGUUCUACACAAAAAGUCAGUGGACGAUUAAGCCAGACGUUAUCAGAUAUCUCCAUAGGUAGCACACAUGGGCUUCAUGUAAGUGUAAAAGGCAACACUGGUGAAGUUUCAUUGAGUGAAAAAAGUGAUGGCAACAAAUUUGAAACGCCUACAGUUUCAAAGCGAAAUACAUCACAUAGUGAAUCAAAUUCAAAUGUGCUACAUACCUCUAAAAGGGAUGGAUCUAUUUUGCCUAAAGAGAAAUCUAGACAGACUGAGUCUCAUGGUGUGUCUGACCCAGCUGCUGCAAUAUCUAAUAGCCAAGAUGACUUUGAAGAUGACUGGGGCAAUGACCUUUUUGAAGAUGAUUCUUUUGUUAUGGAAAUUACUCAGAAUCCAAAUUUGAUAGCUACCCCUAAGACUGAACGGACCAAUAGCAAAUCAGAGCAAAGUGGCUUAUAUUCUGUUGGAUCGAAAUCAUUUGAAAAUAAUAAAUACAAUGAUAAAAGUGUGGUACCUAACAAAGCGAAUCAUUUUAAGUUUGUGUCACGAACAUCAAAUGUACCAGUUGAUUCACAUUCUGUUGGCAAAAGGGACAAUAAUAUCUCGGUGCCUUCAAUAUGUAAUGUUUCCCAGUUACCUUUAAACUCCCAAAAUAAUAAUUCUGUGCAGAAUAGGAGAAUGCAGAGUAACAGCUCACUUGUUCCUGAAAAAGAUGCCUUCACCCGUGGAUUGUCUAAAAACCACAGCACAAAUGCAGAAAUGUUAGGUUUACUUAAUGUGCCAGCGAAGCCUUCCCACUGUCACGUUCCACAGAAACAGAAUCAUGCGCCUAUUCCAGAAAAGGCCUCAGUCCAACUUGAUGAAUGGGACGACCCCAAAUUUUCUGAUGACGUUCUGGAUAUGUUUUGUAAAUCUGAUAGCCUUUGGGAAACAAAUGAAGAUGAUGAUGACUUGCUAUAUCAAGUGUGUGAUGAUGUGGAGAGGUUGACUCAGGCUCAGAUAUCAAAUGAAGGCGUUAAUAAAAUGGAAAAUACACAGUUAACCAGCUUAAGCGGUGCAAAAACCAUUACAGGAAUAACCAAACAAGUACAGGCAAGCCAGCACUUUGGGCAAAACAAAAAUGGAAGCCAGAUUUCCCAAUCCUCUUCUGCAACAAAUAAAUUUAGUGGAAAUGCAACACGAUAUAAUAGCUCAACAAACAGCUCCUUACAGAAAAUAACAGCUCCUUCUGCAGGCACAGGACUCCGCGUUUGUGGAAAUGCCUUCACCUUUAAUGAAAAUGGAGGCUUGAGCAAAACUAACCCAGCCCCUGUAAAGUUUGGCAGGUUUAAUUCUGUUCCUUCUGCAAGUGAAUGCACUAAAACACUGUUUAUUGGCACGCAAUCACAAAGUAUGGGGAAUCCACAGGCUGCUACCACUUCUGCGAAGAGUUCAAUGGCACCUUCAAAGUUCACCUUUACUCGAACAAAAUCAUCUCCAAUAGUCCCUUCACAUACGUGUACUGGAGGGACAAGUGAUUUUAAAUAUAUGGACUCCCAAGAAGUGGCUGGGAACAAGAAUCACAAAAAUCGGUUGGUCCCAAAGAAUGAACUACUCAAUCAGCCCUUUAGUUUAAAGAGACAGCUCUCAGACUCUGUUUUGCAGUCUACAAAAGUAUUUGUUUCAGAAGAAAGAAAUAAAAAGUGUUCUAUGGAAGAAAUCGAGAGAAAAAAACAAGAGGCGUUGGCCAGAAGGCAAAAGAGACUGCACGUAUUAUCCGGCGAAACGGCACACCCAUAGCCAUGAAAGAUCACUGCAGUGUGUGCUGGUGACGACAUAGAAUUGCAGACUGGAUCUUUGUUUAUUGUAACUUCUCCGUGAGAAAUAAUGCGCCGAAUCAAAAAGAGAACACUAUUUUUAUUAUAGUUUCUAACAUUUGAUUGUUUACAAUGGUAAACACUUCUUUUUGUAAUAUUUCUAUAAGUAAAAAGGCCUCCUGUAUGUUCAGGAAUGGUCCCACUGAUAACAGUAAUUGUAUUUAUCACGAAUGUAGAAAUCAAACUAGAUUCUUUUUCCCUAAAAAUAAA